CAACUUAUUUGCUAUCAAUUAAAGAAUCCGGACUAACGACAUUGCGAAUUUGACAUAAUUUUAAGAGGCGGAGAAAUGUAUAAAAGAUCGUGUCACUUUGGGUAAAUCAUCAGUUGCCCAGCAGCCAUCAAACAUACAAACAUGAAAUUCAUCAUCGUUGUCGCCCUCGCCCUCGUGGCCGUCGCCGUGGCCGCCCCCGCUGAGGUGGAGAUCGUCAAGAUCGUCCGCUCCAACUUCGACCAGGAGCCCGAGGGUGGAUACCAGUUCGCUUUCGAGAGCGAGAACGGCAUCAACCGCCAGGAAGCCGGACAAGUUAAGGAAGUUCUGGAUGAGGAGAACAAGCCCCACAAGGUAGUGGUUGUGCGCGGUUCCUACGGCUACACCAACCUGGAGGGCAAGCCCGAGACCGUCAGCUACUACGCCGACGAGUCUGGCUACCACGCUGAGGGAGACUCCAUCCCCAAGGUCCCCGCCAGGAGAUAAGCUAACAACGACCACUCGCCACGAACCAUAAUUAGUUGCUAGUCAGCUGAUUCGUCUAAGGACUUUGAUAAUGUUUAAGAUGACAAGAGCGGUAGCAUAUCAGCCACAUUUACUACUUUUGCUCCUUGUUAUUUGAAGCUUACUGCCAUAUUUUUGUUACGUGUUGACUUAUGAUAAUGUGAUUCAUAGUGUAAAUAAAUAAAGCAAAACUGAAGAUCUUA